AUGAAGUAUCAACGCCUCGCCUCUUUGGGCUUGACUGCCCUGAGUGCGGCUGCAACGGUCUCUGCCAACCCACUGCUGAACCGUGAAGCUGAGGGUCAAUGCCCCCAAGGCUACACCCAGAGCGUCUACUACAAGACUAUCACUCUCCAGCCCUCCUCUACUGCGCCAACCGCGCCAACCUCUACGCUCGCCAGUGUAGGUGAAGGCCAAUGUCCUGCUGCAACUACCGAAGCUGCCGCGACCACUGAAGCUGCUGCCCAGCCUACCCCUGAAGCCGCUACCACCGAGGCUGUCACUAGCCAGGCUGCUGCUGCCGCUACCACCGAAGCUGCUACUACUCAGGCUGCUGCUACCACCGAAGCCGUUGUUCAGUCUACCCCUGAGGCCGCUACCACUGAGGCUGCCACUACCGAAGCUGCUGCUACCCAGGCCGCAGCCACUACCGUCGAAUCCAAGUCUACUUCUUCUAGCUCAACCGCUGCUAGCGCCGCGACAUCGUCUGCCUCCAGCUCCAGCUCUUCCACCUCUAGCAGUGCCCUGAGUUCCGAGUACUCGGGUGAGGCAACUUUCUACGGCGGUAACGUCUCGGGUGGAACUUGCUCGUUCACUGACUAUACUAUCCCCUCUGGCCUCUUCGGCACGGCACUCUCCUCCCAACGCUGGGACAACGCAGCGGAAUGUGGUUCUUGUGUUGAGGUCACUGGCCCUAGCGGUACCAAGAUUAAGGCCAUGGUUGUCGAUGAAUGUCCCGAAUGCGACUCCAACCACCUCGAUCUCUUCGAGAGCGCCUUCUCCGAGCUGGCCGACAUCUCCAAGGGCGUUAUCAGCAUCGACUGGGAAUACGUUGCCUGUGGUAUCACCUCCCCAAUCGAACUGGUCAACAAGAGCGGCACCUCCGCCUACUGGUUCGCCAUGCAGGUCGUCAACUCCAACCUGCCCGUCACCAAGCUCGAGGUCAGCACCGACAGCGGUAGCACCUGGCAAUCCACCACCCGUUCCUCCUACAACUACUUCGAGAACCAGAGCGGUUUCGGUACCGACACCGUCGAUGUCCGUGUCACUGCCGAGGGUGGUUCUCAGAUCACCGUCAAGAACGUCAGCGUCUCGUCUGGCUCGUCUGUCACUGCUUCCUCCAACUUUGAGUAA